AUGAGGACCUCCCAGCAGAGGAUAUCCCUCAUCAGCAAUGCCUCUCGCCAGAUACACAGCGUGACCUGCCGUCGGCCGCGGCGGUCGUUUCACCUCACGACGCCCGCGAGCCUCCCGCGCCGGCGGCACUUCUUCACCUCGAACCCGUUCCUCUCGAGCGUCGACGACUCCAAAGCUUCGCCGACGCCCUCACAGGCCCUCAAAAACGAGCAAUUGGCAUCCUUGGCGCCCACGAAGCGCAAGCCCACGCGGGCCACGACGACCAAGAACUCGCUCCGGCGGGUGGCCAUCAUCGCGCAGCAACCGAAGCGCGGCGCCGACGGCAAGCCCGUGGCCGAGGGCGCCGACGAAGAUGACCCGUCGACGCGCAUCAGCGCGACGUGCAUCGCCGAGUCGUUCAACAUGCCGCUGGUGCUCGAGAUCCUGCAGUCGCACGGGUUCGCCAUCGACCCGGACAACACGGGGUUCGACGCCGGCGAGGUGGUGCACGCCAAGGGCGUCAACGGCGGCGACAUCUUCGUGUUCCCGUCCGGGACCAUCGUGACGUGGUCGCUGCCGCCGGACGUGGUGACGCGGCAGCUGCUGCGGGCGGCCGAGGACCCGCACCCGGCCGAGAUGUGCGAGGAGGACGACCUCGACUUCGUGGCGGACACGGCGCGCGCCGAGAGCACCAUGAAGGGCGACCUGGUGGUGCUGGGCACGCGGCGCGAGCACCGCGACGGCGACCGGCUGGACACGACGCUCGCCAAGAUUGCGUUCUCGUCGGGCCUCGCGCGCAGCACCAAGCUGGCGGUGCUCGAGACGGCGCUGACGUCGUACUUUGAGAGCACGCGCAACAUCCCCGCGCUGCUGUCGCAGGGCGCCGGCGUGCCGCUGGGCCGCCGCUUCAUCCUGCAGAAGACGGGCGAGCUGCUGAGCCUGCGCGCGCGCCUCAACCACUACUCGGAGCUGACGGACUCGCUGCCCGACAUCUUCUGGGACAGCCGCGCCGAGCUCGGGCUCGAGGGCUACUACGACCAGGUCGGGCGCGCCCUCGACGUCAACGUGCGCAUCCGCACCCUCAACCAGAAGAUGGACUACGCCCAGGAGAUUGCCACGGUCCUCCGCGAGAUGUCGAGCGAGCAGCACGGCACGCGCCUCGAGCUCAUCAUCAUCCUGCUCAUCGCCGUCGAGGUCGUCUUUGAGCUGAGGAGGAUCAUCCUCGAGUGGGGCCAGGAGCGCGAGGCAGAGGCAAAGGCGCAGGCCGAGGCGCUCGCCGCGGACCUGACGACCGCGGGACAGCGCAGGGCGUGA